GACGAAAGAGCCUUCUUGUUCUAACAAGACAACAUUUUGAAGAACAUAACCGUAACGAUUCGGUUUCUAUUUUUGUAGCAAGUUUCUAAUUGUAGCCAUUAGAAAAGAUGGGAAAGACUCCAAGUCCUGGUAAAUGGAUCAAGUCUCUUCUUGGGAAGAAGUCAUCGAAAUCGAGUUUGGAGAAAGGAGGUGAAAAAUUGAGAUCUGCAAAGAAAGAAGAGCUUGUGGUGAAGGUGAAGGAUACUAAUGUCUCAAAGUUACCUACCGAACCACCUGUAAUUUCAUCUCAAGAAGUUGCAGCUACUCAAACUGUAGUAGUUCCUGAUGUUGUAAUUGCCGAGAAGCAGCUAAGCGGAGACAUUGAAGGCGAUGAGUCAUCGAAUGUGAAUCUUGAGUCAGGGAAUGACUCUGAAGAAGUAAAGCUUGAGGAAGCUGCUACAAAGGUUCAAGCUGCUUUCCGAGCUCAGCAGGCCCGUGAAGAAUUUCAGAACCUCAAAGGUAUCAUAAGGGUGCAAGCAGUUAUCCGUGGUCACUUGGUUAGAAGACAAGCUGUUGCUACCUACUCGUGCAUUUGGGGAAUUGUGAAAGUACAAGCACUUGUUCGCGGGAAGAAAGCUAGAUCUUCAGAAACCGUGGCUCAACUUCAGAAAACAAUUACGGAAACUGAGACUUCUGAAACUUUGCAAGGAAGCACAUACAGUUGGAUGGAGAAUCCUACAAAGCUCUCCAUGAUUGAUAAGCUUUUGGUUUCGUCACCAACAACAUUGCCUCUGAAGAUUCAGUAUAGUCCUGAAGAUCCUAACUCAGCCAAAGUGUGGCUUGGACGCUGGACGCAAUUGCAGGUUUGGGCUCCUGGUCCACUGGUGGUUAAGAAUCUGGUACCAAAGUCUCAGACUAAGAAGCGAAGUUUUCAAGCAGUUGAAACAGAAAAGGGAAAACUUAAGAGAGGUGUCAAGAAAUCAUCCGGUGGUUCAAAUACGGGAAACAGCUCUAGUAGCCGUUCAACAGCUGACAACGAAAAGCCUAAGCGAACUGUGAGGAAGGCCUCCACACUUGGUAAAGAACUUUCAAGAAUCGAGAACGACAAGUCUAAGCAGAGUUCAAGAAAAAGUACUAGCGCCAUAAAGGAAGGGUCUUCAGUGGAGGUCAAAGAUGAGAAGCCUAGAAUUAGUCUUAAAAAGGCUCCACUUUCUAAUGGGAUAGGGAAAGCUACCCGUAAAUCCACUGAGAAGAAGAAAGAGAUUGCAGAUGCAGUGCAGAAAGAAUUGCCUAUUGAAGAGGUUUCAGCUUCUGUAGCUGAUGCUCCUGAAGAUGAAAAGAUGAAUCUUAUCCCUGAAACAAUUUUGAAAGAGUCUGAUCUUGAUAAAGAUGAGAAAUCACUGGUCCUGGAUAACCCGGAGCAAGAGGAACUCAAGACUGCCGAGAGAGAUAAUAAUGCUGAAGAGGAACUCAAGACUGCCGAGAUAGAUGAUAAAGCUGAAGAGGAAAUCCAAGAGCCAGACGUGCAGAUAAGCUCUGAGAAUGGAAAUGUUGCUUCUGAGAACACAAAGCCAAGCGAUAGGCGAGCUUCAUUACCUGCAAAUAUUGAGAAUCAUCAUCAAGACGAUGGGCUUACACAGAGUGGGAGAAAAAUCCCAAGCUAUAUGGCUCCAACUGCAUCUGCAAAGGCAAGAAUAAGAGGACAAGGGUCUCCGAGAAUUGCUCAAGAGAAGCCUGAGAAAAACGGGACAACACGGCGCCACUCUCUUCCUCCCGCAGCCAAUGGUAAGCUGAGUACAAUGUCUCCAAGAGCUCACAGACUUCUCAUAGCUUCAGCUAAAGGAUCAAUGAACAGUGACAGAUCUUUUUCGUCUUCCAAGGACAUUGGUGACAAGUCGACGAAAGCUGAGUGGAAACGGUGAAAGCUCUGAAACCUUUUCGAGACAAAAGAGAAAGCAAUCCAUAGAGGCAUCCUCAUCAUCUUACACUGUUGAACAAAGCUCUGAAACCUUUUGAAUCACUUUAACUGUUUCUUUAUUCUGAUUUUCUGUGUGUUUUGGUUUGGUUUGUUUUUGAUUUGGUUUUGGUUUGGUGUGAUGAGUAUUUUGACAUGUUGUCUUCAGUUUACUCUUGGAUGCUUUGUCUUCACAAACAAAAUAGGUUUGAGUAAAUAGUUCUUAAAAGU